AUGGCCGGGCACAAGGCAAUCCGUCUUCCCCCGCUGAAGACCCUCCGCGUCCACAACCCCCAGCGAGUCCCCGAGAACCCAUGCAUCGCCGUCAUGUCCACAGUACUGGCCUGCUGGGCCUCUGCCGGUUACAAUGCCGCAGGCUGUCUCGCCGUUGAGAACCAGCUCCGAUCAUGCAUGGACGGCGCCAAACCCCCCGGCUCGAAGCCAAACACGAUCAACUACCAUCUUACUCGCAUGCAAAAAGACGUCACAAGCAAGCCGAAGCGAAAGUAA